AAGCUUUUUCUCUCACAAGCUCUCAGCUCUGCUAUUUCACAAAACCCUAAUUCCCUUCAGGGUUUUGCAGAGCUUCUUCUUCUUCUUCUUCUUCUUCUUCUUCCUCCUAUCGCCGCUUCGAGUUAAGAUGCCUAAGUCAAGCAAGAAAUCUGCCACCAAGGUUGAAGCUGCUGCUCCUGUAGCUGCGGCGCCCAAGUCUGCUAAGAAGGCCAAGAGGGCUGCUGAAGAUGAGGUUGAGAAGCAAGUGAGUGCUAAGAAGCAGAAGAUAGCUGAGGUUGCUGCAAAGCAAAAGAAGGAAACAAAGUUGCAGAAGGUUAAGAAGGAAAGUAGUUCAGAUGAUGAUUCUUCAUCUGAAGAUGAGAAACCUGCACCCAAGGUUGCUCCUCUGAAGACCUCUGUGAAGAAUGGUACUACCCCAGCAAAGAAAGCCAAGCCAGCUCCCAGCUCAAGUUCUUCUGAUGAAGACUCCUCUGAUGAAGAAGAAGAAGUGAUUGCAAAGAAGCCUACCAAAGUAGUGGUUCCAAAGAAGGAGGAAAGUAGUUCAGAUGAAGAUUCUUCAUCAGAUGAAGAUUCUUCAUCUGAAUCUGAUGAUGAGAAACCCGCUGCAAAAGUUGCUGUUCCUGCUAAAAAGGCACCUGCUAAGAAUGGCUCUGUGACUGCCCCGGCAAAGAAAGCCCAGCCUGCUCCCAGCUCAAGUUCUGAAUCAGAGGAUGAUGACUCCUCUGAGGAGGAUGAACCGAGUGCCAAACAACCUAAGAAAGAAGUUGCUGUGAAACCAGCAGUGCAAAAGAAAAAGGAGGAAAGCAGUUCUGAUGAUUCGUCCUCAGAGUCGGAAGAUGAGAAACCUGCAGUGAAAGUGUCAGCUCCUUCCAAGGUUGUCCCUGCAGCAGUCAAGAAUGGGGCUGCAGACUCUGAUAGUUCUGAUUCUGAUUCCUCCUCUGAUGAAGAUGACGACAAGAAAAAACCUGCCACUAAGGUUGCCAAAAAACUGCCUGCAGCUGCUCCAAUUAAGAAGGUUGAGAAAAGUGAAAGCUCAGAUGAUGAAUCAAGUGAAAGCUCUGAUGAAGAAAAUGAUUCAAAGCCUGCCACAACUACUGUGGCCAAGCCUUCUGCUGUUAAGAAGUCAGCUAGUAGUGAUUCAGAUGAUGAGGACUCAUCUGACAGCGACUCUGAGGUUAAAAAGGAUAAGAUGGAUGUGGAUGAGAGCGACAGUUCAGAGGAUAGUGAUGAAGAAGAUGAGAAAUCCACCAAAACACCCCAGAAAAAAGUUAAAGAUGUUGAGAUGGUUGAUGCCUCAUCUGGAAAGAAUGCUCCUAAAACCCCAGCUGCGCAGACAGAAAACGAAGGGUCAAAGACACUUUUUGUUGGGAACUUGUCAUUUAGUGUGCAGCGAUCUGAUGUGGAAAAUUUCUUCAAAGAUUGUGGAGAAGUUGUUGAUGUCCGUCUCGCAACAGAUGAAGAUGGCAGAUUUAAGGGCUUUGGACAUGUUGAGUUUGCAACAGCAGCUGCAGCCCAGAGUGCUCUUGAGUAUAAUGGGUCAGAACUGCUGCAACGUCCUGUUCGGCUUGAUUUAGCUCGGGAAAGGGGUGCAUAUACCCCUAACAGUGGCGCUGCAAACAACUCAUUCCAGAAGGGUGGAAGAGGCCAGUCUCAAACUGUAUUUGUGAGGGGCUUUGAUAAAUUCCAAGGGGAAGAUGAUAUAAAAUCUAGUCUGCAGGAGCAUUUUGGUUCUUGUGGGGAAAUUACUAGGAUAUCAGUUCCUAAGGAUUUUGAAUCUGGGAAUGUUAAGGGGUUUGCUUAUUUGGACUUCUCUGACACUAAUAGUGUGAAUAAAGCUCUAGAACUUCAUGAUAGUGAUCUUGGAGGUUUUACAUUGGCAGUAGAUGAAGCUAAACCUAGAGAUAAUCAAGGUUCUGGCGGUAGAAGUGGAGGUGGAAGAAGUGGUGGCGGACGUGGAGGCCGAUUUGACAGUGGACGUGGUGGUGGCAGAGGCCGGUUUGGUAGCGGUGGACGUGGUGGGGACAGAGGUGGCCGAGGUGGAAGAGGUGGCGGUGGAAGGGGUGGUCGUGGAACACCCUUAAGAGCGGAAGGUAAGAAGACUACUUUUGCUGAUGAGGACUAGGGAUGUUGGCUGGCUUCCUUGCAGCAUUUAUUAUAUCUACUCCUUAUUAAAUUUCUAUUAGUUUUUUAUCCUCAGUUUUGAUAAUUGUAUGAGAUGAUUACUGUAUGGAGUAUUGGGAAAUUUUUGUGUUGGAUAAUAUGGAUUUAGUCCUGUGGCUAUUUAAACUCAGCAGAUUUUAGCCUCAUUACUUAAAUGCCAUAGAUAUUUUGCUUGAAA